CCAAAUUGACAUUUUAGUAACCCCAAAAAAACAAAACAAAUGUUUUAGCAUAGGUUUUCAUCCUUUUAUUAAUUUAUUUUUGAAUAACAUAAAAUACAAAAAUGGCCACUAUUCAUCAAAAUUACGUAAUAAAAUCUUUAAAAAUUCAACAAAGGUUAAUGUCCAAUAGCACAAGAUUAGUAUAUAGAGAAAAUCUAACCGCACCAGCGUACCAACCCGGUUUUGUCGAAAAAGAUAAAUAUGAUAAAUGGGAGAAGAGCGGACACUUCCAACCCCGGGAAGGGAGUAAAAAGUCGAUCUUCAGCAUGGUUUUACCUCCGCCAAAUGUUACAGGAAAAUUACAUUUAGGUCAUGCCUUAGCGUGCACAGUUCAGGAUGUUAUUGCUAGGAGGAAACGGACACUGGGGCACAAUGUUUUGUGGGUACCCGGAAUGGAUCAUGCAGGGAUUGCUACACAGGGUGUAGUGGAAAAAUAUAUGGAGAACACAAUGAACACAAGUAGACGUGAGCUAGGCCGCGAACAAUUCAUUAAAGAGGUUAUGAAAUGGAAAGACAAACAUGGCAACUCUAUAUACGAACAGCUCAAAAGAUUAGGAUGUUCUUUAGAUUGGACAAGACAGAAUUUCACAAUGGACAACAGGCACACACACGCUGUCAACACAGCUUUCAUCGAGUUAUUCAAAAAGGGACUGAUAUAUCGCAGGAAGGCCUUGGUCAAUUGGUGUACGAAACUUAAUUCAACAAUUUCAGAUAUUGAAAUUGACAAUGUACUCAUAAAAGGACCAACAGAGAUUAAGGUGCCAGAUUGCGAUAAACCGGUUAAAUUCGGUUUGAUGUACCACUUUGCAUAUAAGGUUAUUGAUAGCGAUCAGGAGAUUGUUGUAGCUACUACUAUGCCGGAAACUAUGUUGGGAGAUACUGCUAUAGCUGUGAAUCCAGAAGAUGAGAGAUACCGCGACUUGAUAGGCAGAGCGGUGUAUCAUCCCUUCAGAAACACCCCCAUCCCUAUCAUAGGGGAUGACGUCGUCGACAUAAAUUUCGGUACAGGCGCGGUCAAAAUCACGCCUGCACACAGCAAAGUGGAUUUUGAAAUCGGUCAAGCACAUUUCUUGCAAAUACACCAAGUUAUAAACGAGUGCGGUAACAUGGUAAAUUGUGAUCAUCAGUUCAAAUUUAAGAACAGAUAUGAAUGUAGGGAAGUGAUUGUGAAUUUGUUGAAAGAGAUGUCCUUAUUAAAGGACAUUGUGCCUCACGAAAUGACGUUGCCAACGUGCAGUCGAACCGGCGACAUAAUUUUCUAUCUGCCCAAAGAACAGUGGUUUUUGGCGUGCAGCGAAUUAAACAAAAGUGUGGUCGAUGCAUUAAAGAGCGGUAAAUUGAAAGUUUUACCAGAAAAGUUCGAAAAGAAUUGGCUCCAAUGGGCGGAGGAUGACAGGGACUGGUGUAUUUCAAGACAGUUGUGGUGGGGGCAUCAGGUUCCCGCAUUCAAAUGCAGCGUUGACAACCACUUAGUUUGGAUCGCUUGCACAGACAUAAACACGGCUAAACUAGAGGCUUCUAAAUUCCUUAGAACUAUGCCCGCUGAGAUCAAAGCAGUCAGGGAUACGGACGUUUUGGACACUUGGUUUUCAUCCGCUAUAUAUCCGUUUGCUGUAAUGGGAUGGCCGGAUACAUUGAAUAAGGAUUACAGUUUGUACUAUCCGUUGUCUUUGAUGGCGACGGCUCAUGAUAUAUUAGGUUUUUGGGUGCACAGAAUGGCUAUGUUGGGGUUAGAAUUGACAGAGACACUGCCGUUUAAGAAUGUGCUGUUACACGGAGUCAUAUGCGAUAGUAAAGGUGCGAAAAUGUCUAAAAGUAAAGGCAAUGUUAUAGAUCCUAUAGACGUUAUAAAUGGUAUUUCAAUGGAAUCGCUUAAAGAAAAGACAGUUGACAUGAAUAGAUCUGGUAUUCUUAGCAACGAUGAGUUGAAGAAAGCAUUGGAUUAUCACAAAGCUAACUUCUCCGGUACAAAAGGCAUACCACAAUGUGGCGUUGAUGCAUUGAGAUUUACAUUGCUGUCUCAAGACGUGAAAGCACAUUUCGUCAAUUUCGACGUGUACCAGUGUAACGCAAACAAAUUGUUUUGCAACAAAAUAUACCAAAGCGUCAAAUAUACUCAAAUGGCUUUUGACAAAUUGAAGAAAACUGAAGAUAAAGUCACACGUAGUGAUUUAACGUACUUCGAUAAAUGGAUCCUCAGUAGACUUAGUAAUAUGGUUGAAAAGGUUAAUAAAUCUAUGGACUCGUACGAUUUCCAUUUGGCCACUAAAGCUAUCAGAACAUUGAUUUACAGUGAAUUCUGUGAUAUAUAUUUAGAAGCGACGAAAUCCGGCUUCGCUAGCGAUAAUAUCAAGAUGGGAUAUGCUCACGCGCAUACGUUAUCGGCAGUUUUGAACACGGCCCUUAGAAGUCUAUCGCCUUUUAUGGUUUAUUUGACACAUGAGCUUAUUCCUAAAAUACCAAACUUUGUGUCGAAUAUAAUUUUCAAUUAUGACGAUGCAAGUAUGCCUUACUUCCACAAUCCAAGGCCGGAAGAUUUUAUUAUUUGGAAAAACGAUGAUUUCGAAAAGCAAAGUGAGAGGUUACUGAAAACACUCAAUCUAGUCAGAGAAAUGAAAGGUUUAUACGGCAUUUCGAACAAAGUGAAGCCAUCUGUUAUAGUCGAAACUAAAAAUGAACGUUUAGCCAAAGAUUUGGAAGCAAAUAAAGCUGUAUUUUUAAAUUUGACGCGUUGUGGCGUUUUACAUUUUGGCCAAUGUAUUAAAAACAAUGUCAUACACGCACCUUUGGAUAAAGAUACUAAAAUAGGUAUAGAAAUAAUAGGAGAAGAUGUAACUGAUACUAUUAUGUCGGCUAGAUCUAGACUAGAGACGAAAAUAAGAAAAUUGGAAUAUAGUGUGGCGAAAAUGGAAGAGAAAUUAGCGAAUUCGGGUUAUUUAUCAUCUGUGCCGGAAUGGACACAAGUUAUAGACAGAGAACGCUUGACAAAUAAAAAGGAAGAAUUAGAUAAUUUAAGAAAAUUAUUGGAGGAGAAUAGUAGUACGUAACCUGCGAGUUGUCGAGUAUUUCCGAUUGUGUAAUUUAAUUUAUUAACAAAAUUGUAAAUAGUCAUAGCAGACGCAAUGAGGAAAAUGUAGGUAAAUUAUUUUGUUGACGA